UCUGUCAGGUUAGCUAACACACACCGCUAGCAUGUUUGGCCUUCAAAAUAAAACCAGAGACUUUUUCCUAAAGGAAGAAUUCAGAGUUAUAGUAGUUUAUCACUUUAUAUAGUAACAGGUACAGGGUAGUUCCAGCGUUAAUAGAUAGAUAAAUAGUCAGCAUGCUAUUGGAAAUAUUGAAUUUAGUUCAUUUUUAUUUUGUCAACCUCAAAUGGAAAAUUACUUUGAAAGAUCGCCAACUUGACUAAGUCUGGAGAAGCAGGUCGAUUAAACUCCGUCUAACUGGCAGAAACUGUGAGGCGGGAACCCUGUCUGAGGUGUUCCCGGUAAAUGUGGUUAAUGAGACCCUCCGGUAAAAUGCAGCUGUUGUCCCGGUCUGGAAGCGCGGAGCUCGCCGGCUGAGGGAAUUACUCCUCCGCCGUUAAGCGUCGGUUUCCGCUCCUGAUGCCAGGCUAGCUGUCGGAGCUAGCCGGGCCAGCUAGCCGCGCGGCUCGUGUCGCUGCUCGGACACCCAGCGUUCCUCCGUGGCUCGCCCGGACAGCUCGUCCUCGUCACCGUGAAGGAGACCUCCGUGGGAAUGGGCCGGUGCUGCCGUGAGGAAGAUCACCACAUGGAUUUGUGAUAUUUAAACCCAAUGGAUUACUCCUCAUGCUCCACAGAAUCACGGAUUACCUCUCCUCCUCCUCCUCCCAGCACCAUGGGCGCCAUUAAACCAGACCUGGGCUGCUGCAGAGAUUCCUCAUCUGUGGAUUCAUCUGGCUGGCUGUAAACGCCUCAGCCCUCCAGGAUCUGCAGCCCCUUCGUUUGUUUUCCUGCUUCUACUGAAACUAUGUGUCUGUGUGGGAAGCUGGGAGUCCUGUGAGCACAGGUGAGCACAGGUGAGAGUGUGAGUGGAGGAGGAGAUCCAGGGAAUCCAGACCAGCAUGGCUUCAGUGUGGAAAAGACUGCAGCGUGUGGGCAAGCACGCCUCCAAGUUCCAGUUUGUGGCUUCCUAUCAGGAGCUGAUGGUCGAAUGCACCAAGAAGUGGCAACCGGACAAACUGGUGGUGGUUUGGACGCGCAGAAGCCGGCGGAAAUCCUCGAAGUCCCACAGCUGGCAGCCGGGCAUCAAAAACCCCUACAGAGGAGUGGUGGUGUGGCCCGUCCCAGAAAACAUCGAGAUCACCGUCACCCUGUUCAAGGAUCCCCACGCAGAGGAGUUUGAGGACAAAGAAUGGACGUUUGUUAUUGAAAAUGAGUCUCCGUCGGGCCGGAGGAAGGCCUUAGCCACCAGCAGCAUCAACAUGAAGCAGUACGCCAGCCCCAUGCCCACGCAGACGGACGUCAAGCUCAAGUUCAAGCCCCUGUCCAAGAAGGUGGUGUCGGCCACGCUGCAGUUCUCGCUGUCCUGCAUCUUCCUCCGUGAGGGCAAGGCCACCGACGAGGACAUGCAGAGCCUGGCCAGCCUGAUGAGCAUGAAGCAGGCCGACAUCGGGAACCUGGACGACUUUGAGGAGGAGAACGAGGAAGACGAGGAGAACCGGGUCAACCAGGAGGAGAAGGCUGCCAAGAUCACAGAGAUAGUAAACCAGUUGAAUGCCCUGAGCUGCUUUCAUGGGGAUGAUGAUGAUGAUGAAGGUGUUCACAAGCAAACGUGCAAAGCAAAAGCUAAGCCUGCUGCUUCCGCCCAAGAACUGAUCAACAAGCUGAACUUCUUGGAGGACGAGGACCGCGAUAUCGCUCCUGCCAUGAGCAGCAACCCCUUUGAUGAAGCGGACGACGACCUUCAGACCAACCACCUCAACCCGUUUGGUGACCCCGAUGAGGAAGAGCCCGCCGCUCAGCUGAGGCCCGUUCAGGAUUCCUCACACGAGCACAACUCCAGCAAUCCGUUCAGUGACGAACCCGACGCGUCGUCUGGGAACCCCUUCGAUGAGCCCGACCCGGACGCCGAGCUUCAACCAGACCCGGAACCCCCCAAGCCCAAACCGAGGAAGGGGGUGCGGCCCGUCGACAUGAGCAAGUACCUGUACGCCGACACGUCCCACACCGAGGAGGACGAGCUUGACGAAUCCAAUCCGUUUUACGAACCAAAGACCUCCGACCCUGCAGGACCCCCCCCUGCUGCCGGCCCCUCCCAUCAUGUGGACAGCGGCCAUAAGAGAAUGGCCCCGGCGCCCCCCCCCAGCACCAGCACCGGCCCCAGCUUUGCUUCCACACCGGUUAAGCCCAGCUCCGGCCCGGACAAGGAGAGAACCCAGCCAACCGGGCCCAGCCCGGUGGCAGCAGUGAUGGGGAGGGAGCUGGCCUCCUCCUCCCCCAAGCUCAGCCCCGUCCCGAGCCCGGUUCUUGGAGGGAAACCCAACGCCAGCCAGUCCCUGCUGGCCUGGUGCCGCGAGGUCACCAAGAACUACCGCGGGGUGAAGAUCACCAACUUCACCACCUCCUGGAGGAACGGGCUGGCCUUCUGCGCCCUCCUGCACCAUUUCAGACCCGACCUGAUAGACUACAAGUCGCUCGGUCCUCAGGAUAUUAAAGAAAACAACAAAAAGGCGUACGACGGCUUCGCCAGCCUGGGGAUCUCUCGCCUCCUGGAGCCGUCGGACAUGGUGCUGCUGGCCAUUCCGGACAAGCUGACGGUGAUGACCUACCUGUACCAGAUCCGGGCCCACUUCUCUGGCGAAGAGCUCAACGUGGUGCAGAUCGAGGCCAACAGCAGCCGCAGCACCUACAAGGUCGGCGACUUUGAGACCGACACCAACGCCUCCGUCGGCCAGGACAAGUUUUACGCCGAGCUGAACGAUGUUCAGCACCGGCAGGCGGAGCCACGGCCCGCCGCUCCUGCUGAGAGCGCCGAGGCCAACGAGCAGGAACCUCAGGAGGGGGCCCACCCACCCCCGCAGCCCCCGUCUCCUGUCCCAUCACAGAUGUCGGUACCGCACCCCCCCGCUACAAACCCCAGCAACCUGACGGCCGCUGAGGACCGAGGCCUGCUGCUCAAAGCCAAGACUUUAGACCUGAGCGACAUCAGGCCGGAGAAGGAGGCGGAGCAAACACAGGAGGCGGGGCAAGACGGGCGGGAGGCAGACGGGGAACCAGCCGCCUCAGCCAGGAGGGGAGCGUCCUCCUCACCCCCCCACCAGAAACUGGGCUUCUCCUACAACAGAGACGCCGACCUGAUCAAGAAGAAGAGAGCCAGCCUCCGCCACUCCGAGUCAGAACCGGCCGCCGAACCCAGAACCUCUCCGGUCAACCAUGCAGACGCCAGACAGGAGCCGCCGCCGCCCGCCGCUGCAGCCAGUCCUACAGAGAAGAGAGCGCUGUCCCGCCAGGAGGAGCUGAAGGAGAGGGCCCGCCUCCUGCUGGAGCAGGCGCGCAGAGACGCCGCCAUCAAAGCGGGGAGCAAGAACGCCCCCGCCGCCGCCGUGAGGUCCAGCUCCGUCUCUGACGAGCGGGACGCCGAGCGGCGGCGGCAGCUGCGAGAGCGCGCCCGGCAGCUGAUCGCCGAGGCCCGGUCCGGAGUCAAGAUAUCCGACAUGAGCCUGCUGGACGCAGGUCGAGGCAGCAGAGGAGCACCUGCAGACGUUGUGGACAGUGGGCGGAGUCACGGCGAGGAUGAGGAGGGUGGGGCUUUGGAGGAGCAGGUCAUCGUCGAUGGCGAUGCUUCUGCCGCCGCCGUCUCUUCUGCUUCUGCUUCGGUUACUAACCCGCCGCCACCGGAGGCCCCCCCGGCCGCCUGCAGCCCGCCGGAGCUUACUAACCCCGCCUCUGCGCUAAGCACUCUGGGAACCAACAGCAGAAACGUGGAUUUGAAGCUGAAGAAGCUGGUGGAGGUGACCCCCAGAGGAGGGGCUUCUCCCCCCUCUCCCUCCUCCACCUCCUCCUCUUCCUCGCCGUCCGCCUCGUCUUCCUCGCCUCUCAGCCCGGCAGAAGCUCUCGAGGAGAACGCAGAGGAUCUGCGAGGAGAGCGUCUGCGCAGAGCCACAGAGAGGCUGCGCAGCCCGGUCGUCUUCAACGCAGAUUCUGCAGUCAGGAAGACGCAGCUGAAGUCCUUCAGCCAGUAUGUGGAGAACAGACCAGAGGUGAAGAGGCAGAAGUCUGUUCCUGAAGACCUGAGGAGGAUGGAGGAGGACCGAGGUUCACCGGCAGAGCUGGACCUUCACAGACUGAUUGAAGACGAGAAGGCGUUCAAAGACACCAGCCAGUACGUGGUCGGCGAGCUGUCGGCGCUGGAGAGCGAGCAGAGGCACAUCGACGCGCGAGCGGCGCGCGUGGAGAAGAGGCUGCGCUAUCUCAUGGACACAGGAAACAACAAGGAGGAGGAGGAGGCCAUGAUGCAGGAGUGGUUCAUGCUGGUCAACAAGAAGAACGCUCUGAUCCGGAGGCAGAACCAGCUCUCUCUGCUGGAGAAGGAGCACGAUCUGGAGCGCCGCUUCGAGCUGCUGAACCGGGAGCUGCGGGCCAUGCUGGCCAUCGAGGACUGGCAGAAGACGGAGGCCCAGAAGAGGCGGGAACAGCUGCUGCUGGACGAGCUGGUCAUUCUGGUCAACAAACGGGACGCGCUGGUCCGAGACCUGGACGCUCAGGAGAAGCAGGCCGAGGAGGAGGACGAGCACCUGGAGCGCACGCUGGAGCAGAACAAAGGCAAGAUGGCCAAGAAAGAGGAGAAGUGCGUCCUGCAGUGAGCGCCCGACACGUCCAGGUGUUGGGCGCCGGAUCCAGACUAGCGUCUGAUCCUCCUCGCCGUGGCGUGAUGCUGAGGUACAGCGCGGCGCCGGCUUCUCAGAGACCUUUUCCAGCUGCUUUUAUCACUUUGUACUUGUAAGAUACCUGCAUCCUUAUGUUCAUACUCCUUUACUAUUGCCUUUUGUAAUGUGUGGCUGAAAGCAGUUUACCAAAACAGAGAUAGGCUCCGCCUCCGACCGCUCCCAGAAUCCCCUUCAUGUCAGAAACAACCAACGGAUUUUAUUUAUUGCCUUUUGCUGCUUGUAAGUGAGUCUCCACGUUUCAGCCGCUGCUCCACUUUGGUUUGUAUUUAUUGUACUGGAGGACACGUGCUUCACCUGCGUCUCUAGAGCUCCUCACCUGUCCUGUGUGUGAACAUUUAUCAGAUUAUUUAUUCCAAUGUCAUAAUCCAAGUCUGCAACAAUAAAGUCCUGAUCAUUUCAUACUCCA